AUGAGAGACAUUCAGGAAAAGAGGAGAGUCAAGGCCGUGUCCUCUUGCAAUUCACCAAAUCUAUUUAAUCUCUCUCCCUCUCCAGCCCCUGCUGAGGCUGCACCCAUACCUUCUGCAGCAUCAGAGACCACUGAAGCAUCAUCUACCUAUGACCAAGCAGGCAUGGAGACCAAGCACACAGGGCGCCCAGGCCCCCCACCGCAAAAGUCCUGGCUGGCGCGGCAUUUCUCGCUGCUGUUGCGGAGAGACCGACAGGCCCAGAAGGCGGGGCAGCUCUUCUCGGGGCUCCUGGCCCUCAACGUGGUAUUCCUGGGUGGGGCCUUCAUCUGUAGCAUGAUCUUCAACAAUGUGGCUGUCACUCUGGGGGACGUGUGGAUCCUGCUGGCCGCGCUGAAGGUCCUCUCGCUGUUGUGGCUCCUCUACUAUGCUGUGGGUACCACACGAAAGCCCCACGCAGUGCUGUACCGUGACCCUCACGCGGGCCCCAUCUGGGUUAGGGGCUCCCUGGUGCUCUUCGGCAGCUGUACCGUCUUCCUGAACAUAUUUCGCAUGGGCUAUGACGUGAGCCACAUUCACUGCAAGUCAGAAGUGGAGCUCAUCUUCCCAAUCAUCGAGAUUGUCUUUAUGAGUGUCCAGACUUGGGUGCUCUGGAGACAUUGUAAGGACUGUGUCCAGGUGCAGACCAACUUCACCAGGUGUGGCCUCAUGCUGACUCUGGCCACAAACCUGCUGCUGUGGGUUUUGGCUGUGACCAACGACUCCAUGCACCGUGAGAUCGAGGCUGAGCUGGAUGCCCUCAUGGAAAAGUUCGCAGUACUGGAUUGCAGGACCUGCCUGAGAAGCUGCCUUCCCCGCCCUGUCCCCCUCUCAGGUAACGGGACCAACACUUGCAUGUGCCUCAAUGCCACAGUGUGCGAGGUCUUCCGGAAAGGCUACCUGAUGCUUUAUCCCUUCAGCACCGAGUACUGCCUCAUCUGCUGCGCCGUGCUGUUCGUCAUGUGGAGGAACGUGGGCCGCCGCCUGGCAGCCCACUCAGGUGUCCAUCCCAACAAACCACCCUUCCGCCUGCACGGGGCCAUCUUCGGGCCCCUGCUGGGCCUUUUGGCACUGGUGGCUGGCGUGUGCGUCUUUGUGCUCUUCCAGAUCGAGGCGAGUGGCCCCGACAUAGCCCGCCAGUACUUCACCCUCUACUAUGCAUUCUACGUGGCCGCCCUGCCCGCCAUGAGCCUGGCGUGCCUGGCAGGCACAGCCAUCCAUGGGCUGGAGGAACGAGAACUAGACACGCUCAAGAACCCCACACGCAGCCUGGAUGUGGUGCUGCUGAUGGGCGCCGCGCUGGGCCAGAUGGGCAUUGCCUACUUCUCCAUCGUGGCCAUCGUGGCAACACAGCCACACGAGCUGCUCAACCAGCUCAUCCUGGCCUAUUCACUGCUGCUUAUCCUGCAGCACAUCACCCAGAAUCUCUUCAUCAUCGAGGGCCUGCACCGCCGCCCCCUCUGGGAGCCCGUGGUGCUCUCCGGUGUGCCGGAGAAACAGGAUGCUGAGCUGCCCCGCAGAGGCUCCCUGCGGGAGCUGGGCCAGGGCCUACGGAGAGCCUCAAGGGCCUACAUUCACUCCUACAGUCACCUCAACUGGAAACGAAGGAUGCUCAAGGAGAUCUCGCUCUUCCUCAUCCUCUGCAAUAUCACGCUGUGGAUGAUGCCCGCGUUCGGCAUACACCCCGAGUUUGAGAAUGGGCUAGAAAAGGACUUCUAUGGCUACAGGACCUGGUUCACCAUUGUCAACUUCGGCCUGCCUCUGGGGGUCUUCUACCGCAUGCACUCUGUUGGGGGACUGGUGGAGGUCUACCUGGGGGCCUGAGUGUGGCAGGAACCCCAAAAGUGCC